AUGGAAAAAGAAGAAAUUUAGAUAAAUGACGAUGUAAUGAAAAGUCUGAAAAAGGCAAAGGUGUUUAAAGAUAAUAAAGUAGCAAUUACUUCGAUGGAUAUAUCUAAAUGUGGAGAGUAUUUAGUAACCUGUGAUGGAGAAUAAAUCAUAGAAUAUAAUUUAUUGAGUGGAGAGCAAAUUAAAAAACUUUACCACAAAGAAAGCUAAUUGGAUUUAGUUAGAUUUACUCACAAUAGUGAAGCAAUUCUUUGUGUUACUCAAAAAAAUUUCACAAUUAUUUAUUGGUCCUUGCAUGACAAUGAAAUUGUAAAGAAGUUUGUAGGUCAUACAGAUAUCAUUUUAUGUUUAGAUCUUAAUAAUGCCUCAGAUGUAUUUUUAAGUACUUCUUAGGAUUGCACAAUGCGUUUUUGGGAUUUAAAUUCUAUGACAUUAGGAGAAAAUGCAAUUCUCGAUUUAUCUGAAAGAAAAUGCAAUCCUGUUGCAGCAUUUGAUAAUUUAGGAUUAGUUUAUGCCAUUUCAUACACAGAAACCGUUGGUGGCUCAGAUUUUACAAAGAUUGCUUUAUACGAUAUAAACAAACAUGAACAUGGAGCAUUUGCUUCUUGGAAUUAUGAUUGCCCUUAAGUUAGAACUUUAAAGUUUAGUUAAAAUGGUGAAUAGAUACUCUGUUCAACUAUUGAUGGACAAAUUCUACUUAUAGAUUCUUUCGAAGGAGGAAUAUAAAAGAAAAUAUUUACUGGAGGUGAAGAUUUAAUGGAUCCUUGUAUUACACCAUGUUGCUAAUAUAUAAUUACAGGAGGUGAAAAAGGUAUGAUUUAGGUUUGGAAGACAAAAACAGGAGAGGAAGUAACUAAAUUAUAGGGACAUUUCUUAAAACCUUAGAUUUGUAAGUUCUCAUCUACUCAUUGUAUUUUAAUUAGUGCUUGUAAAAAUCUAAUCUUUUGGAUUCCAGAUUUGUAGUAAAAGAGUGACAAAUGA